CGCGCUGGCUGAAAGAUGGCGGCAUUGGCGCUCGACCAGGGGGAAGGACUGGUUUCGUGGGGGCCGCAGGCGCGCAGAGUCGCCCCCCGCCGGAGCGCCCCGGCCCGGCCCCGGAGCGGCCCCUUGUAGACGUUCGAGGAGCCUGCUGAGUGCCGUCCCGGCGCCCGACCGCCCACCGUCCGGCCCGCUGGCCCGCUUCUUCCUGAUGCAGACUGCCGUCCACUAGAGGCUGGACGGACCCCCGAGGUGAUUCAUGGCAGGGGACGUGGAAGGAUUCUGUUCCUCCAUCCAUGACACCAGUGUCUCUGCUGGGUUCAGAGCACUGUAUGAGGAGGGAUUGCUUCUUGAUGUCACUCUGGUUAUUGAAGAUCAUCAGUUCCAGGCCCAUAAAGCACUCUUGGCCACCCAGAGUGAUUACUUCAGAAUUAUGUUUACCGCAGACAUGAGGGAGCGAGAUCAGGACAAAAUUCAUUUAAAAGGUCUAACUGCUACCGGUUUCAGCCAUGUCCUUCAGUUUAUGUACUAUGGAACUAUAGAACUGAGUAUGAGUACUGUUCAUGAGAUUCUUCAGGCUGCCAUGUAUGUUCAACUUAUAGAAGUGGUGAAGUUCUGCUGCUCUUUUCUAUUAGCAAAAAUCUGCUUAGAAAACUGUGCAGAAAUUAUGAGACUCUUAGAUGAUUUCGGUGUAAACAUCGAGGGAGUCAGGGAGAAGUUGGACGCCUUUCUGCUAGACAACUUUGUACCACUCAUGUCCAGGCCUGACUUCCUGUCUUAUCUGAGCUUUGAGAAGCUCAUGUCUUACUUGGAUAAUGAUCAUCUGAGCAGGUUCCCAGAGAUAGAGCUGUACGAGGCUGUGCAGUCUUGGCUGCGGCAUGAUAGAAGACGCUGGAGACAUACCGAUACCAUCAUUCAGAACAUCAGGUUUUGUUUGAUGACCCCAUCCAGUGUUUUUGAGAAGGUUAAGACAUCAGAAUUUUAUAGAUACUCCCGACAGCUGCGCUAUGAAGUUGAUCAAGCCUUGAAUUACUUUCAGAACAUUCACCAGCAGCCUCUGUUGGACAUGAAAUCAAGCCGCAUCCGCUCUGCCAAACCCCAAACUACAGUAUUCCGAGGCAUGAUUGGACAUAGCAUGGUUAACAGUAAAAUACUUCUCUUAAAGAAACCAAGAGUCUGGUGGGAACUGGAGGGCCCACAAGUACCUCUGCGUCCGGACUGCCUUGCUAUCGUGAAUAACUUCGUGUUCUUGUUGGGCGGGGAAGAACUGGGCCCAGAUGGCGAAUUCCAUGCUUCUUCCAAAGUGUUCAGGUAUGACCCGAGACAAAACUCUUGGCUCCGGAUGGCAGACAUGUCUGUACCACGUUCAGAAUUUGCAGUUGGUGUUAUUGGAAAGUUUAUUUACGCUGUAGCAGGCAGAACCAGAGAUGAGACUUUCUAUUCAACAGAGAGAUAUGAUAUUACCAAUGAUAAAUGGGAAUUUGUGGAUCCUUAUCCAGUUAACAAAUAUGGACAUGAGGGGACAGUGCUCAAUAACAAGUUGUUUAUCACUGGUGGAAUCACCUCAUCUUCCACCUCCAAACAAGUGUGCGUGUUUGACCCCAGUAAAGAAGGGACCAUAGAACAGCGGACCAGGAGAACUCAAGUAGUUACCAACUGUUGGGAGAAUAAGAGCAAAAUGAAUUACGCUAGAUGCUUUCACAAGAUGAUUUCUUACAACGGCAAGCUUUAUGUCUUCGGUGGUGUCUGUGUGAUCUUGAGGGCCUCUUUUGAGUCUCAGGGAUGCCCUUCCACAGAAGUGUACAACCCAGAGACUGAUCAGUGGACCAUCUUGGCGUCCAUGCCAAUUGGUAGAAGUGGCCAUGGUGUGACUGUGCUGGACAAACAGAUAAUGGUUCUUGGAGGCCUUUGCUACAAUGGUCAUUACAGCGAUUCUAUUCUCACUUUUGAUCCGGAUGAAAACAAAUGGAAGGAAGAUGAGUACCCGCGGAUGCCCUGCAAGCUGGAUGGUUUACAAGUAUGCAACCUGCAUUUUCCAGAAUAUAUACUGGACGAGGUCAGACGUUGCAACUAAUGGCAUCUUUCUCCCUUCAAAAAAGCCAAACAAAAAAUUUGUUUGAGACAAAGUAGUUAAUUAAAAAACAUAAAGAAGAACCUCACCAGUUUUACUAUCAAAGCCAUUGGUCUAAUAUAAAAAUGUUUUCAUUCUGUGCUCGCAUCCUUUUUUUUCUUUUUAGUGGCCUCAAACUCAUGCAAUAAGUCAAUUCUAAGCGCUAGCUCUUGAAACUACUUCCAGAAGCAGUUUAAUAGAACGAUUCACUUAUCUGGGAAGUUGAUGUUAUGCUUUAAACAUUUCUUUCAAAUGUCAGUGUAGGAGUCAUGCAUCUUCUAAGAGAAGACCUGAUAAGUGUCACUGGAUGUAAUUUCAGUUCCUAUCUCUAUCUGAAAUCUUUUUGAACAUUUAUUUUGGUGUAUUGCAGUCUGUUAGACUUUUUGAUUUUAUUAUUUAAGUUUAAAACUCUUGACCUUUUUGCAUGGCUUUUUGCUGAAAAUGCAAAAAUAUAAAUUUUCUACAAAUUUAACUUUUUUAUAUUCAAAACACUAUUUCUAAGCUGCCUUCUCUUAUCUGCAUUGUGUUAGUGAAAGCAUAUCCAUACUUGCUUACAUCUUAUGAAUAUAUAAGGCACAUCCCCUUUUAUGCGUGGUUAGGAUUCUAUAUUUUUAAGCUAGUGCACUUGCACACACGGUUUGCCAUACUUGUAUUCUAGAUGUAACGUCUUUACAUGUAUUAACAUUUUUAGAAAGUUAAAAUAACUGGAGUCCUCGUUUGAUAUCAGAGUAGCCUAUCUUCAGUCCAUACUGAUUCAGUAAUAUUCAAACUCCUUAUAUUCCUGAAACAUGUAUGGUUUUAUGAAAACUAACAUUUUAUGUUUUAUUUUCAAAAGUAAACGUUAGUGUUGCUUAUCGAUGUAUGUCUUCUUUUUGAAAAUGUUUUUCUUUGCAGUCUGUUUAAUGUUACCCUGUUUUUAGUGAGAAUCGGAGUGGUAUAUGACAAGCCCUGGCCCUGCAGCGUGCAAGCACUUUUAAAGAGAACUUAGGUAAUACCAGACUCCUAAAUAAAGGCCCCUUAAAAGUAAGUGCAACUCCCGUUCUUUACAUUCAAUAAGGCUGCUGCAUCUGUUAUUGAAUGGAAAGUAGCAACUUGUGGAAAAUUUGAGCUCAGUUUUGACUUAGAGGUAAGGAAUAGAAUUAUAAUCUUAACUGGUCAUAUCUACUUGUUUAUUUAGUACAAAAUAUUUAGUGGCACUGGGAUGUAAGCCCUCAGCUUUUGUUUUAUUUACUGAAAGCUACUAGCAUGAAGGAUAGUAACCUCAAAGUUCAGAAUGGAUCAAGAAUAACUGUUUAAAAGCAUUUAUAAUAAGUGUUUUAGGAUUAGCCACACCUUUCAACUCUUUAAACUCGAAGAAAAAACAUAUAGUUGUCAAAAUUAAGCAAGAAUAACCAGGGAGUGGAUCAUUCAAAUUGAUGCCAUUUUCUUCUGAGUAGACUCUAUAUAUGAUACAGACUAGAUCUACACUGGCAAAACUUGCCAGAUCUUAGGAUAUUGGUGCAAUAUUGCAAUGCCUUCUAUAUGGCUGUUGUAUAAGUUUUCUAGUUUCACUUUUUUUUUUUUUUUUUUUUUUUGCUGCUGCCACCACUGAAUAUAAAGUGGAAGAGUGAAAUCAUGGAAAUGUGAAGACUUGUUUCAUUUUUGCAAUUAAAAUAGACAACUAUGAAAAAAACCUGAUUUUAAAACUCUACAACUGGAGGCUAGAAACAGUCAGGUACAUAAGUAGUUUUUUAAAAAGCAAAACAUUGGAAUUGGUUUUAGAAAUCAAGUUAAUAUUCUUUUGUAUAUGAGACUUAAAUUUUUAUUAAGUGGUCCUAUCAUUUACUUUCAGUUUCUAAAAACGAAAUUCAGUAUCCUGUUUCCCAUGCUAAUGUGGGUAAAAGUCUUUUUCUACAUCUUAAAAAUCAUUUUUAGUCGUUUUAUUUUUGAAAACUAGGAGUUAGAUUAGCCGUUUAAUUCUUUUUCUAAUAUAUUAGUUGGCUUAGUGUUUUAUAUGUGUGCCAUCUUGCUUUAAAGAAAAUAACAGUAACGUCUUCAUUAUUUUCCUCAUUGUUGUCUUUUGCUGGAAAAGACCGAGACAGGGUACCCCAUCAGGCUUUUACACUCCAGUGGUGGUUCUCUUUAAUUGCUUAGAUAUGACUUCGUAGUCCUAGUUAAAGUAAGAUCUGGGCAAACAAUUGAAUAUUCUUGGUCUUCAUUGUAAAAACACAAGGCCAAGAUCAAAGUUCAUGUUUUGGAAAAUUUGUGAAAUCUUUUAACUUGAACUAACUCUGGGUUUAGCUUCACACGUUAAGUCAUGUCUGACCUGAUGUUAGCUGUAAUCAGUUUUGAGCUUUAAGAAUAGUUGUUAUUGCUUGGGUUCUGAAUGUAUGAGAAAACUCUUCUGUUUAUAUGUAGUGCUAAUUUAGGUUAUUUUAAAUCCAUGAGUAACUUACAUUCCCUUUUAAAAUUAUGGUUUAAUUGCUGAAA